CGUCGUGUGUCUUACACGACACUUUAUAAUUUUGAAACGAACGGCGUGCCAUAAGGUCGCUGCUUGAACGUGAUUCGAGAAAAUCCGACGCUUCGGGAAGAAAUAUGGAACUUCAGUUGGAAGGACCAAUUUCACAAAGGGAUCUUCAGGAAAUUAUUGAACGGCAUGGAUCUAUUCGAACUGGUGCGACAACACGCAUUGAUGCCAGAAGGAGUGAAUAUCUAAAUGAGGGAUAUACAGGCACAAUGUACUAUGCUGAGACACAGAACAUGAUGCUUGCUGAGGAUAGGCUUUUGGAUAUCAGAGUACCACGAUACAAUAAACAAGAAGAAAGUAACACCCAAGAAGAAGAAGGUUAUGUUUAUGUCAUAAAUGGUCGGCUGCAGCAGUAGGCUGAGUGUCUGUACACUUUCUGUGCAGCAGGAUUAUAAGCUAGCUCUAUUAGUUUUAGUGAAUAGUUAUGAUUGGCAAAAUGACUAGUGACUACAUAAUAAUACUGAUAAAAUGACAGAUGUAAGUGUGGACACAUUAUGCAAUGCCAUAUAUACUAUGACGUUGACAAGCUCUCACGUGAAAUUUUG